AUGAGGUGCAACGCCUGCUGGAGGGAAUUGGAGGGCCGGGCCAUUUCCACAACUUGCGGUCACUUAUUAUGUACUGAAGAUGCCACCAAGAUUCUCAGUAAUGAUGGGGCAUGUCCCAUUUGUGAUCAAGUACUCUCCAAGAGUCUUAUGAAACCUGUGGAUACCAAUCCAAAUGAAGAAUGGAUAAAUAUGGCGAUGGCUGCAAUUUCUCCACAAAUACUGAUGAAGAGUGCAUACCGAAGCGUAAUGUUUUACAUUUCGCAAAGAGACUUAGAGAUGCAGUACAAGAUGAACAGAGUUGUUGCACAGUGUCGUCAGAAAUGCGAGGGUAUGCAAGCAAAGUUUAGCGAGAAAAUGGAGCAGGUGCAUACAGCAUACCAGAAGAUGGGUAAGAGGUGUCAGAUGAUGGAGCAAGAGGUGGAAAACUUGACCAAGGAUAAACAAGAGCUGCAAGAGAAGUUCUCCGAGAAAUCAAGACAGAAGAGGAAGCUUGAUGAGAUGUAUGACCAGCUAAGAAGUGAGUACGAGUCAGUCAAACGUACAGCCAUCCAGCCAGCAAACAAUUACUACCCGCGACACCAGUCACACCACGAGCCUGACUUUUUCUCAAACCCACCAGUUAACAUGAUGGAGAACAGAGAGCCAACUCGCAAAGGACCUAAAGACGAAAUAUGGCCAGCAAGACCGAACAGUUCAAACUCUGGUGGUCCAUUUGACAUCUCCGGCGACUCACCAGCAAUUCCAACAGACCUUGGAAACAGAAGAGCAGGAGGAGGACAUCCUGCAUUUGGUGGUGGUGGCGCGUCUAAUCCCCAAUCAACUCUACGAAACCUUAUUCUCUCCCCAAUUAAACGCUCUCAGCUCUCUCGUUCCCGCCCUCAACUGUUCACGCUAUAG